UAAUCUUGUAUCUUGCAGUCAUCUGUCGCUGUUAAAUCAUAUUGUUGUGAUUCUGAUUCUACGUAUUUCAUAAAAUAAAUUACUUUCACACUUUUUAUAUUACUUAUGUAAAAAUACAUAUUUUAUGUAAUUAAUUAUGGCACGGGAUAGAAGUCCAGAGCGGAGGCGAUCACGCUCUAGAGAAAGACGAGAAAGAGAUCGUCACGACGAUCGUGAAUCUUACCGGGACAAAACCAAACGCCGAGAAAGAUCAAGAAGUCCACGGAAAGAGCGAGAUAGAUCUCGUAGCCCUCAGAGGAAGGAAAGAGAUCGUUCCAGAAGUCCUCGUAAAGACCGUGAUCGUUCAAAAAGUCCAUCGCGUCGAGAACGCGGGCGGUCUCGAAGUCCAAAGAAACGUGAUGGAAAAGAAAAAAAUGAAAAGGAAAAGCGAUACGAUGAUAAAGUCAAGGAUAAGAAAGAUGACGAUAAAAAACAUAGCGAAGAUAAGCCUGAGGUUGUAGAAGAAGAACCAAAACCUGUAAAAAAGGAACCAUUAUCUCUGGAAGAACUGCUUGCUAAAAAGAAAGCAGAAGAGGAGGCUAGAAGUAAACCUGUUUUUCUAACAAAAGAGCAGAGAGCUGCUUUAGCACUGCAAAGGAGACAUGAACAAGUGGAGGCUAUGAAAGCCAAUGUCGAAAGACCUACCAUUACUACGAUUGAUCUCACUGGGCCCUCGGUGCCUUCCAGAAGGGAGGAGGAUAGGAAGUAUAGGGAGGAAAGAGAAAAAGAACGUGAGAGGGAAAGAGAACGUAAAUAUGAGGAUAGAAAAAAUGCAUCUGAUAGAAGAGAUGACAAAAAAGAUAAAAAUGAUGAUGUAUCCAAAAAUAAAGAUAAGGAAAGAGAAGAAGAAGCUAUCAAGGCACGCUACUUAGGCAUAGUAAAAAAGAAGCGCAGAGUUCGAAGGCUUAAUGACAGAAAAUUUGUUUUUGACUGGGAUGCUUCAGAGGACACUUCAAAUGAUUACAAUGUUUUGUAUAAAGAAAGACAUCAAGUGCAAUUUUUUGGGCGUGGACAUAUUGCAGGAAUUGAUAUUAAAGCACAGAAAAAAGAUCAUAGUAAGUUCUAUGGAAACCUGUUGGAGAAACGCAGAACUGAAUUAGAGAAGGAACAAGAAAAGUUGAGAUUAAAGAAGGUUAAAAAGAAAGAAGACAAACAGAAGUGGGAUGACAGGCACUGGUCUGAAAAAGAUCACGAUGAAAUGACAGAGAGAGAUUGGCGCAUAUUCAGGGAGGAUUAUAACAUAACUAUUAAAGGUGGCAAAAUUCCUAAUCCUAUACGGUCUUGGAAGGAAGCAGGCUUCCAUCAAGAUAUAAUGGAAAUUAUUAAUAAAGUUGGAUACAAAAGUCCUACACCUAUUCAGAGACAAGCUAUCCCUAUCGGAUUACAAAACCGUGAUAUCAUUGGUGUUGCUGAAACAGGUUCUGGAAAAACACUUGCGUUCCUUAUACCCCUUCUCACUUGGAUACAAUCUUUACCAAAAAGUGAGCGAAUGGAAGAUGCUGAUCAAGGACCUUAUGCCAUUAUUUUAGCUCCAACUCGUGAGUUGGCUCAACAGAUUGAAGAAGAGACAAACAAAUUUGGCAUCCCACUUGGUAUUACAUCAGUGGUGGUUGUGGGUGGUUUAUCCCGAGAGGAACAAGGUUUCAAACUUAGAUUGGGUUGCGAAAUUGUAAUAGCCACACCAGGUCGUUUAAUUGAUGUAUUAGAGAAUAGGUACUUAGUUCUAAACCGUUGCACUUACGUUGUUCUUGAUGAAGCCGAUCGUAUGAUUGACAUGGGUUUUGAGCCAGAUGUGCAAAAGAUCUUAGAAUAUAUGCCUGUGUCUAAUAUCAAGCCCGAUACAGAUGCAGCUGAGGAUGCUGCAGUUCUACUGGCAAAUUAUAACACGAAAAAGAAGUAUAGACAAACUGUGAUGUUCACAGCAACUAUGCCUCCAGCAGUAGAACGUUUAGCAAGGAGUUAUUUGAGGAGACCAGCAAUUGUUUACAUUGGAUCAGUAGGCAAGCCAGUUGACAGAACUGAGCAGGUAGUAUUCAUGAUCGGCGAGAGUGAGAAGCGUAGGAAAUUAACAGAAAUACUACAGCGCGGAGUCGAACCGCCAAUCAUAAUAUUCGUUAACCAGAAAAAAGGUGCCGAUGUUCUUGCAAAAGGCCUCGAAAAGCUGGGAUUCAACGCCUGUACAUUGCAUGGUGGUAAAGGCCAAGAACAGCGUGACUUUGCAUUGGCUAGUCUUAAAAAUGGUUCCAAAGACAUACUGGUGGCAACAGAUGUUGCUGGUCGAGGUAUUGAUAUUAAAGACGUCAGUAUAGUAAUUAACUAUGAUAUGGCAAAAAGUAUUGAAGAUUAUACACAUCGUAUCGGUCGUACAGGACGUGCCGGCAAAACUGGUAAAGCGAUAUCUUUCGUGACUAAGGAAGACUCUGCUGUGUUCUAUGACCUAAAGCAAGUGUUGCUCUCCAGCUCGGUUUCCACUUGUCCUCCUGAAUUAAUGAACCAUCCAGAGGCUCAACACAAACCAGGGACUGUUGUCACUAAAAAGCGACGGGAGGAAAUGAUUUUCGCAUAAGUUG